AUGGGGACAGCCACAGAGGGCUCUGUGACAGCCGCUGCAGGUUUGCCCAGUCUGUUUCCAACGAUGGGAGGCUCAGCAAACACGAGCUCUGUGGGUAACACCAGUGGAGCAGCCUCCUCUGCACAGUGCCAGCGUGACACCACCGUCACCCACCUGCUCUUCCCGGUGCUCUACACCCUCAUCUUCCUCCUGGGACUCCUGCUGAACAGCCUGGCCUGCUGGGCUUUCUUCCACAUUCCAAGCACAUCAACCUUCAUCGUCUACUUGAAAAAUAUCUUAGUUUCUGAUUUCAUCAUGACGCUGAUGCUUCCUCUGAAGAUCCUGACAGACUCUGGCCUGGCGCCGUGGCAGCUCAAGGCCUUUGUCUGCCGCUUCUCAGCUGUGAUAUUCUAUGACACCAUGUACAUCAGUAUCGUGCUGCUGGGGCUCAUUGCUUUCGACAGAUUUCUCAAGAUUGUGAGACCUUUUGGGAAGUUCUGGGUGCAGAAUCUGACCUCAGCAAAGAUCCUGGCGACUCUGGUCUGGCUCUUCUUCCUCAUUCUCUCCCUGCCCAACAUGGUCCUGUCCAACAAGGCAGCGACGCCCCAGUCCGUGAGGAAGUGCGCCUCCUUGAAGAGCUACCUCGGACUCAAAUGGCACGAGGCUGUCAACUACGUCUGUCAGUUCAUCUUCUGGACUGUCCUCAUCCUCAUGCUGCUAUUUUAUAUAGUCAUUGCCAAAAAGGUGUAUGAGUCUUACGUAAAAACACAGAAGAAAGGCAACAGAAGCGAAAAACGGAUCAAGGGGAAAGUAUUCAUCAUUUUUACCGUGUUCUUCCUGUGCUUUGCCCCCUUCCACUUCAGCAGGGUGCCCUACACCAUGAGCCAAACGAGUGCCCACAUGGACUGCCGGCUGCAGAACCAGCUCUUCGUGGCCAAGGAGAGCACCCUGUGGCUGGCAGCCUCCAACGUCUGCAUGGACCCCCUGAUCUACCUGCUCCUGUGCAAGCCCUUCCUGGAGAAGGUCUUCUACAGGAGGGUAAGGGCUCUGCAGAGAACAGCCCAGGCAAACCCAAAAACAGAGCUGGACACACGAGUAUCUCCUACUGAGUCUUGA